GGGGUAAGAUGGCCGCGCCGGGAGCGGAAGCCGAGGGGAGAGGGGCUGGGCCGUGCGCCCCCGCGCGCUCCGCGAGCGCCGCAGGGUCUGCUGAGGGGAUCUCACGGCCCCCCGCAGCCCGUGUCCCUGGGCUUCCUGGCCGUGGGCCGAGGGACGGCCCAGGACGGCCUUGGCCCUAAGCAGGCAACCCCUGUCUUUCGCAGUCCGGGUGCGGAGACCCCCGCAGGGCGGCGGAGUGCGCGCUGCCCGGGCUCUGCGACGGCGCCGCGAGGCCGGACCGGUCCCCGUACGCCUCCCGGUGCGACCCUCAGCGCUCCAUGCCGGUGGGCUCGGGGAGGCGUGGCCUGCCCCCGGGCUGCCACCUCUGCUGGCUGCUCUGCGCCGUCACCCUAACGCUCAGCCACGCGGCGGCCUCCGCGGGGGACAAGCUGUCAGCGAGCACCUCCGACCUGCCGUGCUGGCUGGUGGAAAAGUUCGAGGUGGCCGAGGAAUGCGCGCCGUGUUCCAGCUUCCAGGCUAAAACCACCCCUGAGUGUGGUUCCACGGGGUAUGUGGAGAAAAUCACAUGCAGUUCAUCUAAGAAGAACGAGUUCAAAAGUUGCCGUUCAGCUCUGAUGGAACGACACUUAUUCUGGAAAUUUGAAGGGAUUGUCGUGGGUGUGGCCUUGGUCUUUGCUUGCCUUGUCAUUGUUCGCCAAAGACAGCUGGAUCAAAAAGCACUGGAAAAGGUCCGGAAGCAGAUCGAGUCCAUAUAGCUGCCUUCAGCAAUUUUCUACUGGUCUCACAGACCCUCCCUCACACCACGGAAGGACUGGCUGGUGCCCCGGGCUCUUGGUGCCUCAGGAUGGCACUCCCUCUCCCCCAUCCUAAAUCACUGCUGAGCAGAAUAAAAUUAAAAUAAUGUUU